AGCUCUAUUUCUAUAAAUAUAUAUAUAGUUAUUACGGACUCAAAUAUUUUGCUAUGGAUGAAGAAGAAAAUAUAGGAACAGAUUCCGCUGCAACUUUAGUAGGAAAAGGUGGAAUUCAAGAAGACCCCACUGACAAAGAUGAAGAUCUCACAGAAGAUGGUAAGAAAAGAAGUCAGUGGGACAACAAGAUACAAUACUUACUAGCACAAAUCGGAUUUGCGGUCGGUCUCGGAAAUGUUUGGCGAUUUCCUUAUUUAUGUCAGAAGAAUGGUGGUGGAGCCUUCCUCAUACCUUACCUCAUUAUGAUGGUGUUUGAAGGCAUUCCCUUGUUCUAUCUUGAAAUCGCAAUUGGUCAAAGACUUCGCAGAGGAAGCGUUGGAGUUUGGAAUCACAUACAUCCCCUGUUAGGAGGCGUCGGUAUCGCCAGUAUGGUGGUUUGCUUCUUCAUUGCGUUAUACUAUAAUGUGAUCAUAUCGUGGGCAAUGUUUUAUUUUCUUAAUUCGUUUCAAUCAUUACCUUGGGCAAAUUGUCCAGAAGUUGAAGAUCCUAUGACGAACUUAUCUGUACCAGUUCAAGAAUGUGACAUCAGUAGUGAAACCUCAUACUUUUGGUAUCGUGAUACACUAGACAUUUCGCCUGCUAUAGAAGAACCUGGUAUCUUACAAUGGAGAAUGGUUUUAUGCUUGUUGUUAGCUUGGACUGUCGUUUUCUUCGGAACUUUCAAGGGAAUCAAAUCUUCUGGAAAGGUGAUUUACUUCAGUGCAACAUUCCCUUAUCUCGUACUUCUUAUAUUUUUCUUCCGUGCAAUAACACUAGAGGGAGCGGUGGGUGGACUACUGUACAUGGUCACUCCUGAUUACUCCAGAUUGAAAGACCCCGAAGUAUGGAGAGACGCGGCAACACAAAUAUUCUUUUCUUUGGGACUUGGAUUCGGAGGAGUAAUCGCUUAUUCCUCUUACAAUGAUAUAAAGAACGAUUGUAGGAAAGAUGCUCUCACUGUGUCGAUUAUAAAUUCAGCAACAAGUAUUUUCGCCUCAAUUGUUGUUUUCGCUGUUCUUGGAUUCAAAGCUUUCAGCAUGAAUGAGGAAUGCUUGGACAGGAACAUUGCUCAUGUUCGAGAAUUCUUUCAUAUUCACAGUCCAUCGCAUGACUUAUUACAUGUUGUUAAUGUUCUGGAUCGAAAAAAUUACGAACAUUUAUUCGGAUACAUCAAUGAAACUAUUUAUAAUAACGAAACAAAUCUUAUUUCAGAUUGGUCAUCAUUUACGAAUACAUCAGUUACUGAAUUUUCACAAUGUAGUGUCCCAGAAGAAUUGAAAAAGGCUGUUUCGGGACCAGGACUUGCGUUCAUUGCCUUCACAGAAGCUAUGAUCAGAAUGCCAGGCGCGCCGUUCUGGAGUGUCUUGUUCUUUUCCAUGUUGAUAAACCUUGGUCUCGGAUCCAUGUUUGGAACACUAGAGGGCAUUAUAACACCGUUGAAGGAUUUGGGCGUCAAAAUAAGAAAAGAACUCGUCGUCGGUAUUCUCUGCGUUGUCUCUUUUUCUAUCGGUCUCAUAUUCUGCUUGCAAUCCGGAAUGUACGUCCUAGGAUUGUUCGAUACAUACGCAGGAACGUUACCUUUGCUUCUUAUUGCAUUCUUUGAGAAUAUUGCCGUUGUUUAUGUUUAUGGAAUGGACAAGUUUUCUCAAGAUAUCGAGUUAAUGAUGGGCAAAGGACCUCCUGGGUGGUAUUGGAAGAUUACUUGGUAUGCCAUAUCACCGAUCUGUAUGGCUGUUUUAUUUAUUUCAUCUCUGGUAUCGCUCGGUCUCAAAACUCCAAGCUAUGACGUUUAUGACAAAACAAUUGGUGUUACUCAAGAAACCGAAUAUCCGUCGUGGGUUGUAGCUGUCAUUGUGUUAUUGAUCACAUGUAGCGUUAUAUGGAUCCCCUUGAUAGCGUUAUUAAGAUGGCGAAACGUCCUCCCCUAUAUUCAAGCGGAUUUACAAGGGAAGAAAAAUCCUAAAGAAAACGUUUUCGUAUGAUCUCACUACAAACUAACAAAAUAAUUUGGUGCCAAAAAUGCAAUACGAACAAAAUAUGUUGAUAAACGUUUGUCCUGUCCUGUCUUGUAAACGAGUGAUCGGUCCUUGAUAGCCAAACUGCUCACUGGCGAACAUUAUCCAAUUGUGACACUAUUGGAACAUUAUGAUGUCAUAAAUAGUUCUCUUACAAGUCGUCUGCUACUUGCAAGCUUCGUUAAUCAAGUUAUGUUACAAUGUUACUAAGCAAACUACCUAGAGAAACACAACGAUACACAUUGUGACAUAAUACGUAUUGGUAAAAAAUGUUGAAUUUUCAAUCACUGUAGUCAAUUUUAUAUGUUAUGAAUUUCAAUUGUUAUAUCUCCAGUAUGUGCCUUGUAUAUUGCGUCAGAUUCAAAUUAAAUUUCUUUGCGACCCAAUGGUCUUGUUGUGCAAUAACCCAAAUGAAUUUAUAUAGCGUUUCGUCUGAUGGCCAUCUUCAUGCUUACUACAGCAUCCUUGCAUUAUACCAAUACAAAAUAUCAAUACACCCCAAAUGUUAGUUACCUGGACUGAUCAUAUGGCAAAUAAUAAGGCAUUCAACAAUAAUUGGUUUUUAUAAAUAAUUUUGAAUCAACUAAUAUAAUUAUCGGACUAAAAACGCAUCAAACGCGCUAUUGGUAGUAUGUUAAUGUUGAAGUUCAUAACACUUUUUUGUAACAAUAACCCUUUAACCACUUUUUAUUCAUAAUAAAAAUUUAAGACGAGUUCAUGCGAAACAUUCCAAAAGUUUUCCAUUAAGUAGUGAUCGUAAUAUACGGAUGUAUUAUGUAUAUAUUGCCUAAUUUUAUGGAAAAUUAAUCAUUUUUUUUUUAUUUAUUUAUUUUGUGCUUUUAAUUUCAUUCGCUAUUUUUAUUGUUAAUUUAUUGUGCUGCUGUGACUGUAAUUCCUAUUUGUUCAAGUUAUUUAUUAUUUGUCUUUAACACGCAAAUUAGUCUGUUUGUCUGUCUGUUCGUUUGUUUGUGUGUCUGUCACAUUGCUUAAAAUGUUCGUUGUAAUGUUCUUCAUUUUGUUGUGCUCCUGUAACUGUAAUUUCUAUUUGUUCAAGUUAUUUAUUAUUAAUAUUUGUCUUUAACACUUUAUUUGUCUUAGUCUGUUUGUCUGUCUGUUUGUUUAUGUGUCUGUCACAUUGUUUAAAAUAUUCUUUAUACGAAUUAUUUAUUUUAUUAGUAAAGUUGUUUACAUGCUAUCGUCGUAUUUUAUAAUAUUUGAACACUUUCGCACGGAACACGGCCCUAGACUAGUAGAUGCUUCUCUGUUUACCUAUAUAAAAAUUUCGAUAAUUCGAAAAUGCCGAUAAUUUAAAAAUGGGGUACAAAUAAUUUUAAUGACAAUAUUGAGAUUCUUGGAUGAUUCAGAUAAUAAAAAAUAUUAUCCGAAACGUUCAAUUCAAUAAAAUCCACAAUUGAAACAUGUUUUCUUUAUUUUCUCAUAAAUUUCCUCUAUUCCUCGAGUUAAAUUUUUUGACUCAUCUGUUUCUCAAUCAAAUAUUGCAUAAGUACCAAUAGAUUCUUCAAAAUCAAAAAUAAAAUUCACCAAUGGUUGAAGUUCAUGUCAUUCACAUUUCUUGCUAAAAAAUAUUAGAAAAAUUUGCUAUGCAUUCGUAACGCCUUAUGCUAGUCGAUGUCAUUUGUGUAAUAUUUCAUUCGGUGAAUGUUUUUAUUGUUACGUCAUUAUUCUGCUGUUUAUUUAUUAUGUGUUAUUUAUUUAUUAUUACGUCAUAUUCUGACAAAGUAGAAAGUGAAUUUGUUGCCAAGCAUGGAGUGUGAUGGGAUAGAUCCAAUAUCAAAGUGCCAUACUUGAUCGAGUAUUUGAAAUAUUGGUUUUCUUCGAACUAGCAAGUCUGAUGUGUUUGUCGGUCCUUUAUUUGCAACCCACUUUUUAAUAUUCCGUAAAUUCAACUCCAUUCUAAUAAUUUAAAUGACAAAAAAAUAAAUAAAUGUGAAUAUUUCGACCUAUUAAAUCUGGCAUCCCACAAAAUUCGUAGAAUUUGCGACCGCCUGGCGUUCAGGUUGGAACAUAAAGGUUUGACGACAAUUUCAGGUUCAAUGCACAAAACAAAUCGCCUUUAUAAGGUCAGUGCUUGUCUCCACUAUUUAUCAUUCUAACUAUUUAUUUUUUCCUUUCUUUUGUCUUAUUUUUGUGGUGAACGUCGAAAUAAAAAUAAUUUAUUAAAAAG